AAAAAGAAGAACACAAUUCGCCUAACCCGGAGUCGCCUAUAUAUUUGAUAGCUUUCUGCGAAACACAAAUCCUAAACCCUCCCGAAUACCAGCCUGAAAAACCCUAGUUGGCUAGUUCCAUUCGUCGAGCUCCCUGCGAUUCAUAAGGAAAUGACUGGGGAAGCAGUGAAUCCGAAAGCCUACCCGCUGGCUGAUGCUCAGCUUUCCAUCACUAUUCUCGACCUGGUUCAGCAAGCUGCUAAUUACAAGCAGCUCAAGAAGGGAGCAAAUGAAGCUACCAAGACACUGAAUAGGGGUAUCUCUGAGUUUGUUGUCAUGGCUGCGGAUACCGAGCCCCUUGAGAUUCUUCUGCACCUUCCGUUGCUUGCUGAGGAUAAGAAUGUCCCGUAUGUGUUUGUUCCUUCAAAGCAAGCACUUGGGAGAGCCUGCGGUGUCACGAGACCAGUCAUUGCUUGUUCCGUGACAACCAACGAAGGAAGCCAACUGAAAUCCCAGAUACAGCAGCUCAAGGAUGCCAUUGAGAAGCUGUUGAUCUAAGGGAAAGCAACUUCUCAUAGAUAUCGGUGUGAUGGGCCUCUUGGAUCAUUUAUUUGGUCUCUCCGUGGAGUGAGGCUUUGACUGGAUGAAGUUGUGGCACUAGGGGGGGAUCACAAAAGCAUGUUUUGUUGUUUGACUUUUCUUAUCCUCUUUGUGUUAUUUAAAAGUGAGCAAAGUACAUUGAUAUGUAUUCCCCAGAACUUAAGUGGAACUGCUUUGUAUGCUAAAGAGUGAGCUGUUGUCUGCGCUACUUUAAUAUUAUGAUGAUGAAAUUUUGAGUUUUGGUUAUGAUCCUUGCAAUCUGAAUCCGCAGCUUUAAUCUCC